UUCUGUCAGUCUGUCAUUACAGGUGCCCUGAAAUGCGUGUGUACAUAACGUGUAUUAGCUUUAGCUCUUAGCUUUGCCACAAGGACUUUCCAGCUCAUAGUAAACCACCAUAAUUUAACGUAAUUUCUGUCUUUUGUACUUGAAACGAAACAGUUGCUUAUUGUCACUGACGCACUUGUGGCUCGCCUUGCUAAUGCUAACGCACCUCCUGCUGCUAGUAAACGUUGAAUGCUGACAGUUCUAUUCAACACACUUUAAAUCAAAAAUGAGACUUAAGUGAGCGUCAGUGUUUCCUUUGCUUCACAUUUGGAGAAAUGAGGGGACUUUAUGCUGCUAAAACACAACAACUGCUCCGGUUGAUUCAUUCUGUCAGUCCAGUACCACCAGUGCGAUGGCGAGCAGCCACCAGCAGACUUCUGAGCUCCUCAUCUUCUCCCGAGGAGGACGCGACCGGAUCGUUGAUGCUGCGACACCUGACGUCCAAAAUCAAAGCCACCGGGCCCGUUUCUGUGGCCGAGUACAUGAGGGAGGCGCUCACCAACCCAGUGAUGGGAUACUAUGUGAAGAAGAACAUGCUGGGAACGGAUGGAGACUUCAUCACAUCACCAGAAAUUAGUCAGAUCUUCGGAGAGCUGUUGGGCGUGUGGGUGGUCAGCGAGUGGAUGGCAGCGGGUCGGCCCAAACAGCUCCAGCUGGUGGAGCUGGGACCGGGGAAAGGAUCUUUGGCCAGCGACGUUCUCCGAGUUUUCACUCAGCUGCAGCCUGUGCUGAGCGGGGCUUCAGUCUCGCUGCACUUGGUGGAGGUGAGUCCACUUCUGAGUCGUCUGCAGGCGCAGACUCUGGUCGGGACCGGCAGCACUGAGGCGGAGCGGGAAGAUGAGCCCGUUUACCGGCACGGCCGAACAGCUGCCGGCCUGCCGGUGUCCUGGUACCGCCGCUUGGAGGACGUCCCGCCUGGCUUCAGCAUCUUUCUGGCUCAUGAGUUCUUUGACGCGCUGCCCAUACACAAGUUCCAGCGGACCGAGCGAGGCUGGCGUGAGGUGAUGGUGGACGUGGACGUAGACAAGUCGGGCCAGUUGAGGUUCGUGCUGGCGCCGUCGCCCACCCUUGCGUCAACCACUCUUGUGCAGCGUGACGAAAAUCGGGAGCAUGUGGAGGUUUGCGCCGAGGGUGGCGUCAUCAUCCAGCAGCUGGCGCGACGGGUGGCCGAGCACGGCGGGGCGGCGCUGAUCGCCGACUACGGCCACGACGGCACCAAGACCGACACCUUCCGGGGGUUCAAAGGUCACCGUCUCCACGAUGUGCUCGUGUCUCCCGGCUGUGCCGACCUCACCGCCGAUGUGGAUUUCGCUUACGUGCGGCGAGUGGCGGGAAUGGGCGUGGCCUGCUUGGGGCCGGUCACCCAGAGGUCGUUCUUGAAGAACAUGGGCAUCGACGCACGCAUGCAGGUCCUGCUGAGGAACUGCGGCGACCAGUCGACCAGGCAGCAGCUGAUUGGCGGCUACGAGGCGCUGACGGACGGCGCCCAGAUGGGCGACCGCUUCCUGUUCUUCGGCCUGCUGCACCCUCGCCGACUCGCCGCGCCCCAGACGGCCGCCGGGCUCAAGCUGGACAAGAAGAAGAGCCCGGCGCAGCUUCCGGUCGCGGGGUUCACCGAGAUCCGCUUUUCCUGAGAACCGGAAACAGAACUGGAACACAUUCUCAAGACGCACAGUUUUGUGACGAACGGGAAAGAAUAAACGAAUGGCGAAUUAGCCGAGGUCAUGGGAUCAGGAUGACGGCUGAGAUGGAGUCUAUCCCAUCUGACAACGGGACUGUUCGGCAGUCAAUUUCAGCUCACAUACGAUAAUUCCUCGUUCAUCGCGGGGGUUUCGGCUCGGGACCACCCCCGCAAUAGGUGGAAUCCACCAAAUAUUUAGACAUAUUUUCAAGUUGUAUGAACCUCCACAGACUCUUAUUAAUCUUCCCCACACUCUACCAUACUCUCAUAAACACGUUCUAUACUUUUAAACACCUUUUCACUCUUAAAUAUACAGUAAUGCGGUACAUUUUA